AUGAGAAGAUUAGUCCUAGGAAAGGAACUCAUUCAAAAGGGAGUUGUUCAACGCAUUGGAGCAACAAUGUUUACAACAACCCACCAAACAUUAUUAUUACUUUCAUUAAUAACACCUUAUCUUCAUCAUUAUCUUUCACCAAAUGUUAUCAUUUCUGGAAGAAUUUUGGAUGGAAUUGAAGAUUUAAUGAAAGCACAAUGUACCGACAUAAGAAAUGCAGUAACUAUUAUUGUCAAAAAUAGAGUUGCUUAUUAUCUUCAAGUUCUAGAACAAAGUAAAUCAUCAACACAAAAUGUUUCUGCUACUCCACAAAAAUUUACUAUUUUCGGUAGAAAUAAACAACUUAAUACUCCAGUGACUAGUCCAUCCCAAUUCAAUGCUCUUGAUCUAAAGAAUUUACUUAAUAAAAUUAUGGGAGAGAUCGUUGCUUUAAACGCAUUACUAAAAAAAAAUCUCAGAAGCAUUGAUUAUAAAUAUUGUAUGUUUGAAGAGUCAAGACAUCUUAACUCACUAAGAGAGGAGUUUGAUAAACGGUCCACAGAAGAAAAUUUGAAAAACCAAGUCAGUAACGAUCUUCACCAAAUUUCUGUUGCUAUUCAUGAAGGUCUAAAGAACAACACUACAAUCAAUUUUGAUAGAACAGAAACACCACUUAUUAUGAACGAAGAAAAAUACAGCACAGAUAGUGAUGGUGAUUUGGAAAUAUUCAGAAAAAGUUUAGAUCUUUCUAGAGAGCCAAACCAACAAGAAGUUCCUUUAACUACUCAAAGUUUUGAUAUUACUAGAACACAAUCUACAACGAUUGUUAAAUCUCCUCAGAGUGUUGAUAAUUGA